UUCUUCAUAGCAAAAAAGCAACUUCACGUUAAGCUCACUGUAUCUUAGUUGUUUUCCCAUGGUUUUUCCCCUUCCCAGAAACCCCUCUUCUCUUCUAUAUAUUAUUCUCCACCACACCCUUUUCCUCAAGCACAAUCAAUUUCUUGAUUCAUCUCUCCAAUUUUCACUUUCUUUAAUGGAUAACACUACUUCAAGAAAAUCCAAUUUCAAUGAUUUCUUGCCUUUUAUGGCUGAAAAUCUUGGUGGGGAUGGUUUAAUAGGUGAGCUAUGUAAAGGGUUUCAGCUAUUGAUGGAUAUUGAUAAAGGGGUUAUCACAUUUGAGAGUCUCAAGAAGAAUUCAGUUUUGUUAGGGUUGCAAGAUUUGAGUGAUGAGGAUCUUAAGAGUAUGGUUAAAGAAGGGGAUUUUGAUGGUGAUGGGGCUCUUAAUCAGAUGGAGUUUUGUGUUUUGAUGUUCAGAUUGAGUCCUGAGUUAAUGGAGCAAUCUCAGUUGUUGUUAGAAGAAGCUCUUCAUCAAGAGUUUGUAGAUUCUGAACUUUCUUUCUAACAUUUCAGUAUUUAGGUUUAAAGAUUCUGACUUUUUGUUGUAAUUUUUGUCUUUUAUACUUGCCUCUAAUGAAAACAUGUAAUACAUUGUGAAAACUUAUACAGAAAGUUGAAUUUAAUUGGAGAAACAACUUGUUUAUUCA